CUCUCUUCUUUAGGUACUCUUCACUUUAGCAGCUCUGUUUGAAAUGUUUUGUGUUUAGUCCCACUUUAAGCGGGGCUGUGUUCAUUUACUCCUUCACAUGCUGCACUGUGGGGCUUGUUGCGUCUGUGCUGAGCAGGGGAAGUAAAAGUAAAGAAGCAGAGUAAAAGCAGAACCACACAACUGUGCCACAUUUAAAGGGAUGUUGGACUGAUCACAUCUGAAACUCACUUGAAUAAAGCACUGUCCCUUUAAGACAAACCUUUUCCUCCUUUUGUCUAAACUCCGUUAGUCUUCAUUGGAGCUCGUUUGAGUCAGAUAAUGGAGCCUGCACAUUUGACUGACAGCUCUGAUGUCCAAUCACAUCUCAUUUCUGCAUUUGUCCCGCCCACUUUGAGAGAAGAGGAAUACUACCAUGUCUUCUUAAGCUACAGCAGCACUGACUACAGAUGGACCCAUGCACUGGUGGACAGACUGGAGGCUGCUGGGCUGCAGGUGUGUUACCACGAGCGAGACUUCAUUCCAGGACGCACUAUUCUGGAGAACAUGUCCGAGUGCAUCCAGCAGAGUCAGAAGGUUCUGCUGGUGCUGAGUGCAGAGUUUGUGUGCAGUCGCUGGUGCCUUCUGGAAGCCAACAUGUCUCUGUUCAGAGACUGCCUGGAGAGGAAGCCCAUCAUCCCUGUUCUCCUGGAGCCAGAGGUGUGUGUGUCCCUCUGCACCUGUGUCACCUCACCUACCUCGAGGCCGACCACCCCGACUUCACCAACAAGCUGCUGCACGUGCUCUGCACCCCCAACAGGGAGCUCCGGGGGGCGUCUGUGGUGCCGUACCAGCCUCCUUCAGUCUACAACGGUAAAGCGCUCCAGUCACUCACCGCCGCCAACGAGGAGAGCCUGAGGUCCUGGGACGCCGGCGUGUUUAGUGACAUGGACAUCCC